AUGGCAUGGGGUGUGCUUGACGACCCGCACACGAAAAUCCCACCCGGGACAGUAAGCUUGACGAGCACUGAAAACGUCCGUUACAGAAAGGUGAAGAAGCACGGCAACAUUGUUCUGCAACCGCAACCGAGCGAUUGUCCCAAUGAUCCCCUUAAUUGGUCUUGGACAUGGAAGAUCGGACAUUUUCUGGUCAUUGCACUUGGAUCUAGCCUGACGAACGCCGUUACCGUUAUGGUAGCUCCAGGCCUGGUUCCUCUUUCGGAAGCGUUGGGGGUAUCCCAGGAUGAAAUCUCUGUGUACACCAUCGGGGCCGUUGCUUUCUGGACGGCAAUAGGAGGCUUCAUCACCGUCUCCGGAGCCGAUACAUUCCCAUCCUUGGUCAUCAUGCGGACAAUGACAGGCUUCGCCUCAGCGCCGCUUCUCCUGCUUGCUCCGGCAACCAUAUCGGACAUCUUCUUCGCCCACGAACGGGGCACAUAUAUUGCCAUCUUUGGCGCCGUACUAAAUGGUGGCGGUCAACUAGGGCAGGUUAUUGCCGGCUUCAUUAUCGACUCUAUGGGCGUUCCUGCUCUUUUCAAGUUCACCGCUGUCGCAUAUGCGACCCUUCUUGUCAUCGCCUAUUUUGUUGUCCUAGAAUCCGCAUACUUCGACCGAGAGAACGCAGGACCCGAUGAGAUUCACGAAUUCGGCACGUAUGACGACUGGAGCAUUGAAGAUCACAAGACUAAGGUCUCGCCCGAUGCUAAGGAGAAAUAUAGCCAAAGCAUCCCCGUACUUACCUCAGUCAUCGUCACCCUACCGCCAUACAAUCUCACGCCUGCCCAAGUUGGUCUCACGUACCUACCGCUGGUGGGCGUCUCUCUCGUCGGCGGGCCUCUGUUUGGAUGGAUCCUAGACGCCGUCGCCCGCUUCAUGGCUACACGAAAUAAGAUCAAAAGUGGCGUCUUCGAGCCCGAGUUUCGGUUGGUAUCCUUGCUUGUCUGCGCGCCAUUGAGUACAGCUGGCCUCGUUGGCCUCGGCGUCAGCAUCGACAAAGGCUUGCCACUCGCUUGGGCGUUGGUCUCGCUAUCUGCUGCCUUUUUGGGAUUUAUGUGGACUACGCAGGCGGUCCUGACCUAUGUCGUCGACUGCUUCCCAAUCAUCUCCGGCCAAGCCUUCACGUUGAUCAACCUCUUUGCCGCCGCUGGCAUCUUCGUCGCAUCGGGUGGGCUCAUUAAUUGGUACAUUGCGGCAGGGCCAGCUAUCGUGUUCAAUGUUCUCGCCGCCAUAGGUGUGGCGGUAACAGCGCUCACGAUCCCGGCCUACAUCUUUGGCAAAAGGCUCAGAGGCAAGAUUGCUAGAGUUAAGUGGACUCGCUCGCUCAUCCACUAG